AUGCUACAGUUCCCUAACCUACCAAUUUAUGAUAAAACGCAACUCAUUCUCAAUGCUGCGGCUUGUGUUGGGGUAAUAGGAGUGGUUGUUUGGGCUUACCUUCGUAAAUCAGAUAGCCGCCUUCCUCUCCCACCUUCUCCUCCCACUUGGAGGCUUCGGGGUCACUUCCUACCACCUAACAAUGCAUCUUCCACUGUCAUGCGGUGGAUUGACGAGUAUGGCCCCUCUGAUUACAAUUCGCUCAGGAAUCCAGACCGUCGUAAUUAUCGGCCGCUACAAAGCUGCGGUGGAUAUAAUGGAGAAGCAGGAGCACUCCAUACGCAUCUCCAGCCCAAAUCAGCUGAGGCGUAUCAGCCUCUGCAGAUUUCACAAGCGAAAACCAUGAUUCUCAGCAUUCUUGACGAUCCAUGCAACUUCCAGAACCAUGUGACAACUUAUGCCACAACAGCGAUCAUGAAAAUUGCAUAUGGGAAGACCAUACCGACAUUGGCAACUGACCCUAAAAUCAGAGAAGCUCGCCAGCUCAUCAGGAGAUUAAAUCCAAUUCUGCACCAUGGUUAUUACUUGGUGGACUUGAUACCGUGGCUCAAAUACCUUCCUUGGUAUGCGCCAGAAUUAAAAGACGAGUUCAAGCGGACCAAGCGACUCUUCACAGACCAGCUGAACCGUGUGAAACUGCAGAUGCAGAGCAAUGAGGACAUCGGCCCUUCAUUUUCAAAAUACAUUCUAGAAAAUGGGCAUCUCUAUGGCUUGACAGAGACCGAGAUGGCAUAUCUUGCCGGCUCCUUUUUUGGAGCUGGAAUCAAAACUACUGCUGUGGCGAUAUCCAUGGUUGAGCUUGAUGCAGUCAUUGGAAGGGAGCAAGCACCGACUUUCGCCGACAAAACAUCCCUUCCUCAUCUGGAGGCCUUCAUCUCUGAAGCUUUGAGAUGGAGACCAGUGACUCCUGAAGGGUUUCCUCACCGAACUACUGAAGACGAAAACUAUUGCAUUCCAGCUGGAACUACGGUAACUGGCAACCACUGGGCCAUCUCUCGAGAUCCAGAAGUCUAUCCCGAGCCCGAUGCGUUCAAGCCCCAGCGCUGGAUUAAUGACCAAGGUUGCUUGAGAGACGAUCUCACGUUCUUUGUAUUUGGGUUUGGUCGGUGCGUAUGUCCAGGUCAACAUGUUGCGAACAGAUCAGUGUUCAUAAAUUUGCUUCUUAUUCUUUGGGCCUUCCAGCUCAGUCUGGAUCCUACGAAGCUGCAGGAUGACAUGGGGUUCACGAAUGUGAUGAUGCUAAAUGACCCUUGCACUAUUGAAUUUCAGACAAGGGUUCCAGAAGCGGAGCUUAGGCGUAUGAUGCAGAAUCAUCCUGAGUCUGGGUGA